CAAAUGGAAGAUGUGUCAGAUGUGGAAUCAGAACCUAAUCUUCUGCUUAGAAGGAAGAAGCGCAGAAGUCGGACCACCUUCACAGCGGAGCAGCUUGAGGAGUUAGAAAAGGCUUUUGAAAGAACACACUAUCCUGACAUUUAUACCAGAGAGGAACUGGCCCAGCGAAUCCGACUGACUGAGGCCAGGGUUCAGGUGUGGUUUAGCAACCGCAGAGCCAGGUGGCGCAAGCAAGCAGGAGCCAGUCAACUAGCAGCAUUCAACAACCUCUUGCCCAGUGGAUUUUCUUCAACAGGAGUGUCGACAUUUUCAUCAUAUCAGCUCUCAGAAUCAGGCUACUCCUCUCUGUCCCAUGAGAAUGAUGAUGCAGUUCAUCGUCCACAACCACUGCCUCCAUCCACGGUGCACCAAUUUGGUCUGUCCAGUGCAGACAGCGGUCCUGCCUAUGCUCUUUCCUCCAACUGCAAUGGGUUCUCCAGUUAUUCUGAUUCCUUUGUGAGCUCUGCAGCUCAGAGCAAUCCCGUUAACCACGGACUUUCACAACAGGUUAUGAGCAUCAUGAAUAAUUCAUGUCGUGUUUCCUCAAAACCACACCAUGACUUCUCACCGUCACCUCGCCCAAGGUCUUUGGACUCUUCUUUAUCCAAUAUCAUGGCCGCCAGCGGCAGUCAACAGUCAGCUGAGGUCUCUGUUAAGAUGGCGGAGAGCUUUCAUUCAUCUGAAUCUUACUCCCCAACCACAUACGGCACCACCAGCUACAGCAUGGACCCAGUUGUGACAGCCGCCAGCUACCAGUACAGUCAGUAUUGUCAGCCUGCUGUGGAUUACUUGACAAAGAACAUUAGCCUCUUCAGUCAGCACAAGAUGAAGUUGACCAAUCACUCAGCUGUGCUGGGAAUGCUGCAUGUCAGUACUGGCCAGGCCUACUAGUACUUUAAACAAACAGCAGCAGACCUAGCCACCAGCAGCCCCUGUGACUCCUGCUGCAACACAAAACACACACAGAGGUUUUCCGACAAUGCGAGUGUUGUUUUUCCUGCAGGCGAGGAGCCACAACACCUCUUGAAAUAUCUCUUCCAGUAAAUGUUUGGUACUUGGUCUGGAGAGUUUGGACUUUCCGUGGUGGUUCAUGGGGCACCAACGCAGCUCUACUGUUCUACAUUUGUAUUAAAUAGCUAUGUUUGUCUUGUUUGGUCCUUUAGGGAAAUGUAAAUGUUGCAAACUGUGAUUGUGUUGAAAACAUACUGUUCUUUUGUUACAUAGUGAUCAACAUUCACAUGAAAUAACAAGGAAGAAAAGAGACAAUGAGUUAUUCCAGUGUUAACUCAACAUUCACUUAAAUUGCAAACCUUAGAGUAACUCAGUAGAGUAAUAUCAAUAUUCUUUUGCUAUAUAUAUGUAUUACAUUUGUGUGCAACUGAAGAACUUUUUAAUUCUGUGCCAGUAUUCCCAUUAUGUGAUAAAGUUUUUAAAAUUCUUUUUAUUUAAAUAUUUUAUUUCUUAAGUAAAGAAAUAAGAAGUACGGUCACCAGCAAGAACCAUCCCUAAAUUUAUACUAAAUUAAUCUCUUUAAAUUAAUCUCUAGUUUAUUUAAUAUUUUAUUGAUAGGAAAAAAAAUACUUGUUUUGUACAACUGGAUAUAAAUUCUGACAUUAAAGAGACGUAUCCCAGAAGAGAUAACGUUCCUUUUGUCCCCCUCUUUUAUUUAUAUCAAUGCACUUGCAGUCUUUUAGUUUGAUCCUCUCUUUGUAGCUUCGUUUCUGGUUUGAAGAGGAGGUGUGAUCUUUUCUUCCUAACUUUAAUUCUGAAUUCUGUCUCUGAUGCACUUUGAAAAAGGAAGCGGCACGCUGUGGACACGCUGUGCUACACGCUGUGCUACACGCUGUGCUACACUAUGAGUUGUCUUGCUGAUGGGAGCACGAGAUGGAGAAACCGUGUGGUUGUCCAUUGCUCUAUCCAUAUUGAUACCUCAUCUAGGCUAGAUUUUAUUUUAUUUUAUUUUUGUUGGAUCAGAUUCCUGGAACAUCCAUGUUUUAACAAUACGAACCACUGAAAGGACAAAAAAACUGAACUGAAAAACACAUUUUGACAAACGACUGAAAGGACAAACUGAAACACUGAGCUCUGUAGGACAGGUUUUGAUUUUGACCAUCCACUCUUGUUAUCAUUGUGGUUAAACUGUAUUUUAUUUGAUMAUUUUCUACAAAAUAAGAACUAUUUUUGCUCAUUUCCUGCCUCCAGCUAAUUCAUUUUUCACUCACCUCAGUUCCUGUUGUAACCCGGUUGUACCUGGUCUAUAACUUUUGAGUUAUUCUAAAAUACUUACUGAGUCAAGGGUUACAUAUGAUGUGGAGAGCAGCCAACAUCAGUGCAAAACAAGUUAGAGUGACAUGUUUUUGCAGAAAAAGGACACAUAAAAUGACACAUUUUACAUGUAUUUUGUGCGUUAAUGAGUACGGAGAGGCGCUGGCAGUAAUUAAAAAGUCCCAUCUAAAGAUUCAUUACUGACAUACUCAUGUAUCCAUAGUUACUGUUAUUGAUAGUUCAUUAAGGUUUGGAUGCACAUCAAUCAGUGUUUAUAAGACCAUUGAGAAGCAGACAGAAAAACAUGAGAGGAGGUUCUGCAGUGACUGAAAGUAAAGAAGCUCAAAUCUCUGAUUAUGUGAAGGACUGAAUACGACUGUAGACCUGUUUGUUCCUGAUGAAGCUAAAUUAUUUGAAUCAGUUUGUCCAGGUUUUGAGUUGCAAACUGGGUCAAAUCUGGUUUAAAAAAUCACUUCCAACCACCACAUUAGGUAAGUGUAAUGAAUGCAUUUAUAUCGUUUUUAAAAUACCACRUCUGCUAUUUAAAAGAAAAAACUGUUUUUUUAUGAAGCGAAAAAUAAAUGUAAAACUGCAAAUA